AUGACACUGUCCAUGUUGCUGAUCUCGGAAGCAUGCCAAACAUCUGCGCUGAGCGCCAUCAGCAAGUAUCACAGCCGGAAACUACAGUACAUUGGUGCAGCUUUACCCCGGACCACCGGCAUCGCCUUUGCGAUCUCAGUUGGAGCCGAAGCCAUUGACGUCUACACUAUGCAUAUCAUCACGAAAAGUCGGAGAGAGAAAGAAAUCUCGAACCGAAGUCGAGGCGGUGAUCUCGAUACGCAAGGAAUCGUCAUCUCGUAUUCGCACAUCCGCAUCAGCUUCAUCUCGCUGUACGACCCUUCCUACAGGCUCUCCUUUGAUAUAGCCAUGAUGUCGACCCAUCCUCCAGAUACCACAACAAAGCAAAAAUCGCGGCGAUCUUUGCUUCCCUCCCUCAAUUUUGCGUCUUCUUCGUCUGCCUCCUCCUCCUCCCACACAGUGUCCGGCCCCUCCAUGCGAGCGACACCCUCGACCUCUGCGGCCGCUUCGUCUGGCGCAGAACCCGACUACUUUGCUAGCAUCCACGUGCCCGACGCAAACGCACCUGACCCAGGUGCUACACGCAUCGCCAGCCCGUUUGCUCUCGCCACGCCUUUGGUCUCGUCUUCGGGCGCGCGUCCUUCGCAUUCGACCUCCGCCGAUGCUUCUUCGCAGGACAGAGAUGCGCAUCCUUGGGCUAAGCUGUUCCCGGAUGGAGGCAUGGCGACUGCUCUGCCAGAGGGCUUCCGCAUGGCCAAGCUCGGUGUGCCGCCAACACCCGCUGCCACCGCGGCCGCCUCGACCACCAACAAGUUGAAGCUGCCCGGCUCCAGCUCUGGCUCGCCUGCUCUUCCACCAGACUUUCGCCGCACGCUCAACCUGCCUCCCAAGCUCAACGGCGGACUGUCGUCUAGCGCAUCGCUGCCUCUACCUGCAGGCUCGUCGUCGUCGAACACCAAAGCUGGCGCUGCUACCAACGACCUCACCAAAUACAAGGCGCUCGAUGUCGACGGUCUCGCCGAGGCGCUCAAGCUACCAUCCUGGAAACGCCAGGCGAAUGCGGCGUCCUCGGCUUCGCAGCCAGCCACCUCGGAGGAUGUUCUGGUUCUCGACAUUCGCCCCUCCACGUCUUACUCGAUGGCUCGUGUCGCAUCCAGCAUCAAUAUCUGUGCUCCGAGCACGUUGCUCAAACGACCCGCGAUCACCGUUGAACGCAUCGAGGACGAGAUGCUCGGCAGUACCAGCGAUCGACGACGUUUCAUGCGCUGGCGAAAGGGACCGCUCAAGCCUAAACCCGAUGCUGCCAAAGCUGGCACGUCAAGCGAAGCGUCGCUCGAAGCCGUUCGAAAGCGCGGUGCAACGAUCAGCUUGCCCGAUGAGCCAGGUGUCACCAAGAUCAUUGUGCUCGACACGGACACAACUCGCAUCGACGGCACCGGCAAUGCCACUGCUGGUGGUGGCGGUCCUUGUCUCAUCGGCGUGCUCAAAAAGUUCGAAGCUGCUGGGUUUGCUGGCGAGCUUUGCUGGCUUGUUGGAGGUUUCAACAAGCUCGCUCGUUCUAAAAAGGCCCAAGACCUCAUCGACACGAACGCGGCCGGCAAGCAUGCUCCGGAGGAGAAGUCGAGCAGCCCCGACUCGACACGCGGGCAAAGCCCCGCCGAUGUACGUAGCCGAAAGCCUCCAACUCUGGAGCUCAACGGCUCUGCUGCACUGCCCGCUUUUGGCAGUCCGGCCGGAGUAGACGACGAGCGCAAGUCGCUCGUCCAGCCUCGUGGUCUGCCGAUGGAAGCAUUUCAAACGCAGAGCACAGUUGCUGGUUGGCCUGGUCAGUCGGCAUCGCCGGCUAAGGAGGCAACUCAGCGCGGCGGCUCCGGAGACGGCUUCCGACUGAAUUUGGCGGGUCGUUCGCAAGGUCAAAAAGGAGCCGAGGCCGAGACCAACCGCUCUGCUGCUGCAUGUGCCAAUCCGUUCUUUGACAACAUUCGCCAGAAUCGCGAAUUGCAGCACGGCAUCACCGAAAAGAUUCCAAUGGAGCUGCCACAGAUGAGCGAGGCGCAGACGCGCCAUCUGCCUCCAUUCUUUCAGAAGCUGGUGCAGCUGUCGAAUUCGGACCGAGCACUCGCCCUUGCGCAGGUUUUCUUCGACGUCGAAAAGGCCGAGCAGAAUCGACUGAUCGCGACCAUGCAACAGCACUCGGCAGAGUCCGACCAAGAUCCUCGCUCCAAAGACUUUGCCAAAGCUCAAGCUGCGGCUCUGCUCAAACAGUCGUCGUCCGGCGCUGGACAGCGACAGACACUGGAUCUCUCGGGCCACGCCUUCCCUUUCAGCAUCGCUGCCGCUCUCGAGCGUGGCGCUGACAACCGCUACAACAACAUCUGGACCUACGAGCACAGCCGUGUUCGCCUCGCGAAGCCGCAGUCUGUCCACGAUUCUGGCUCCGACUACCUCAACGGCUCGUACGUCACCCCUCCGACGGGACUCGGCAGUAAGCGCCGCUACAUUGCCACGCAAGCACCGCUGCCCAGUACCUUUGCAGCAUUCUGGACCGCCGUUUGGGAGCAGAACAGCCGUGUCAUUGUCAUGCUCACCCGCGAGCACGAGAGCGGACGCUUGCAGAGCCAUCCUUACUGGCUCGACACUGCCUAUGGCGAUUCAAUCCGGCUUACUAAGCUCGAAGAGGUUGUUCUGGACGAAGCGGGCCACCAGAUGCGCUCGGAGGAGUCCAACGCUGUGCUCAGCAAGGGCCAAAAUGGUGGUGCCCUCUUUCCCACCAUGCCCGCAUCGCAGCAAGAUAAUGAGGCGAGUAGUUCAACCGCAUCGGCAAGCAAAUGCGAGCCAACUACCGUGCGCAGGACCUUCCUCCUCAAGAACUUCUCUGAGCCACAGGCUGCUCCACGCAAGGUCGUCCAGCUGCAGUACAUCGCCUGGCCCGACUAUCACAUCCCUGAGACUCCUCAGUCGCUGCUGACGCUCAUGGACCUGGCCGACUCAAUACAAAACACCGCCGACAUUGAGCUGGGUAGGUCGAUUACACGCGGUCCUGCUCAGAGUGCUGGUCCUAUGGUGGUGCACUGCUCGGCCGGCGUUGGUCGUACGGGUGCCUUUAUUGUCAUAGACGCAGCACUCGACGUGCUUCGCAGGGUACGCCGCCGACAGAAGCUGUCUGCAAUGCGUCGAGAUGCCAGCGCGGUCGCAGAGCCGUCAACCUGGGACAACCAUUUUACCGACGAUGGGAGCAUUUCGAUCGCGAAUGACACCCAAGAUGUGGACAUGGCAGCACCCUCUUCGCCUCUUGCCGAUCGUUUCCCACGCACACCUCGGCGCAGCCUCAAGCGCGAGCUGUCGCCUACGGGCAUGGACAUCGACUCGGGCAGCAUCCAGGGCUCUGCACGCGACUUGAGCUCGCCGCCUCCGAUGUACCGUUCGCGCUCCAACGAGAGCGGCAAUGGUGCAGACGCCUCGAGCCUGCUGAGCAGCAGUCUGAGCAGUACGGGCAGCUUCAGCAACCGCAGCGCAAAUUCGUUGAAUGCCGCUGGCGCAAAGCUGGGGCCCGCUGAUACACCGAUGCGAUCUACGCAGUCGACGCAGACCUCGGCGGCUGGCGGCGAGAGCAACUCAGGCGGUUUCACCAAUCCCUUCACUUCUCCGACGUUCCGCUUCAAUCCACUUGCCAGCGCUAGGAUUCGAAGUGCGGGCACCGCAAUGCAGAACGCCUCGAGCCACGAUUCGUCCCUGUCGCCGCGACAUGUACAGGACUCCUCCGAUCUCACGUUAUCGCCGACACGUCCGAGCGGGCUGCAAUUGUCGUCGCAAGAUGCAUGGCGCCAAGCUUCUUCUCCGUUCUCAGAAGUCUCGACGCCAUCGUUCCAAGGCGGCGGCAGUGGCUCGGCACGUUCCUCUUUUUCAUCGGCUGCGGGCGUACACUCGCGUCUGUCGAGCGGCGGCAAUGCGCUUUCACCAAGCGGAUCCGAUGAUGGCGUACGAUCGAUUGACGAGGCUCUGAUGUCGGCUGUGAAUCCAUUCGACGUGUCCAUCUCUCAGCAGAACCAGAGCCAGACUCAGGGUGAGAGCAAAGCCGACUACGCAACGGCAGGCGACACGACCACGUCCACCGUCACCGGCAGCAACGAACCCACGCCAUUCGACGCAUCAUCCACCUCGAACGUCUUUGGAUUUGCCAAGCAAACCACGCGCGCCAGCACCAUGUCGGACUCCAACUCUGCCGACUCUUCGCUGAACGACAACGUCACGCAUCGAACCACGCCUGGCACAUCGGUUCACUCAACACCUGCCAAUCACGCACAGGAUUCGUCGCAGGUGUUGACCGCAAGGGACGAUGCCAAGAUGGCAUGUGGAAACGCAGGCGAGGUGGAUGAAGCAUACGUCAAGGGCGAGGACAUUAUCAGGACGAUCGUGGAAGGGGUUCGGGAGCAGAGAAUGUCGCUGAUCCAGACGGGUCGACAGUUUGUCUUUGUCUACUCGGCGGUUCUAGCCGCACUAUUGAAAGAUUUGAGUCGAGAGGGUAUCUAUUGA